AUGGGCUCGAGAAGAAAUAUACCGCCAGCAUAUGACGAACGAUUGCGCCGUGGGCCAUUGCCUCCUCAUCCUCACCAUCCGAGGGAACAAAUCCCUCUUGCCGUGCUUUUAGAGGACAAAUUGGCAUCACAGGCAGCGGAAAUAGAAAGACUCUCUAGGGAUAACCGUACACUAGCGUCCAGCCAUUUGGUCCUGAGGCAGGAUCUUGUGGCUGCAAAGCGGGAAGCAGAUAAAGUUAGAGAAAAUAUCCAGAGUGUCCAAAAUGAAGGGGAUAUUGAAAUUCGAAUUUUGUUGGACAAGAUUGAGAAAUUGGAAGCUGAUAUAAGGGCCGGGGAGAAUUUAAUGAAGGAACUUGAAGAGGCGCGGGGUGAAGCCAGGGAUUUAGAGACGGAAAAACUGGAGUUGAUUGCUAAAAUACAGCAGGCUAACAUAGAAUUAGAGAAUGCCCGUGCGAAUGUUAAGAAGCUUCCGGAAAUGCAUGCGCAGCUUGAGGGCUUGAGGAGCGAGCAUAAGAGGUUACGCAAAACUUUUGAGUACGAAAAAGGCUUGAACACGAAGAAAGUGGAAGAAAUGAGGAAAUCGGAGAAAGAUCUUAUUGCCUUGGUUGAAGAUGUGGAGAGAUUGCGAGCGGAGCUAAUAAAAGCCGAACCGAGGGCUAGUGUUUCACUCCCACAAGGUCCUUACAUAAACUCGGACAACUUGUAUCCAUCUACACAUCAUGGGAACAGCAGCUGUCCAGACACUUCUGGCGGGCCUUAUCUUCAUACGAUUCCUGAGCCUACGGUGGAUGGGGCUAAACCAUAUGCUGUUGGUGGAUUUGUGGUUGGGCCUCAAAUUACAAACGGUCCAGUGGUUGAAGUUGCUGCUAAUGCCGCUGUUAACCCUUCCUGGGGACGGUUGAAGAAAGUGAACUAG